AUGUUCAAUGGGACAGAGGGUAAGUUUUUAUAUUCUUUUCUUGUUUAUUUAGGUAGUUGUUGUGUUGGAUAACUGUUUUUUACUGUUUGGAAUCUAACGUUACAAAUUUUAUUUUAUAUUUUGUAAGCUUUUUUUUGUAAUUGUUACCUAUUUAUACAUUUAAAGUACUCAAUUCAGUGUUUGAGUGCGUUAUUUAACGUUUUGACAACUGUAUAUUUUUAGGUAUUGAAAAGCUGCGCAACCUGCAAGCCAAAUUGUUACGGAAUUCUGAUGAAUAUGCUAAUAUAGCGUCAACAACGGAAGUUCUCAACAAGUUUAUUAAAGAAGACACUGACAUUGAAUGCUCAACCGAGUCUGAGAAUUACUUUUUCGUUCCUUUGGAUAAGAAGCUGUUAUUGUUUUUUAAGAUUUGCUUAUGGAUUAAUCGUAACACGUAUGCGACAAAAGUAAUUUGUUUUAUCUUACUUACAGUAGUUUCAUUUACUUUUUAUAGUAAUUAUUUUUUCAAUCAACUGUUUUUAGAUGAGUCCAUUCCAACAAAAAUCUUUUCUCUGGAGUUGGCAGGCAGCCUAUAGGCGUCUACGAGGAAGCUUUAUAUUUUUUUCAAAUUGAUCAUACUUGGGCUUUUAGAUUAUAUAGUGUUACUAAUGUUGAUGGAGUAAUCGAUUGGAAGCUGGUAACGACGUAAGUUGUAUAAUUUUCUUUGUUUAAAUCAUUUUAGAAAUUUAGUGAGUUAGCUCCUAUAUUGAAGUUUUAAAGUUUUUUGUCUCCUUCAAAUAUUAUUUUUAUAGGACAAUCCAUGGCUUGCUCAACUUUAUUAAUAAAUUGAAACGCCUUGGGCCAGUCGAUGAGAAAAUACCGGUUAAAGAGUUGGAAAAGUUGGGUGUAGUUGACAAACGGUUUUGCAAACUGCGUGACGAUAAGUACAUGUAUAUUAGUUUUCCUGUUCUAGACGUACCUCGAAGAGUACAGAAGGCACAAGGAAAGCAUAAGAACUGGUAAGUUAAAGAAUCAAAAAGAGUUUUAUUUAUACGAAAUGAUUUAAUUAGUCGUUUUCCGAGUAUUAUAGUAUAACCUUUUCAGUGUGCAGGCAUUGCAUAAAGAAGCCACCCUUAUUUCGACAAAUGCUAAGCGCACUUCAACAGACGGACAUCUAGGAAUUCCGAAUGAUAACAACAUACAGAAGGAUGAGAAAGACAAGGCAAGGGAGCAAGAAAAGGACGAGGCAAAGCCUAACCAUAGGGGGAAAUUAGUCAAUGAUAACGACAAAAAGAAGGAAGAGAAAGGCAAGGAAAGCGAGCAAGAAAAGGACCAGACGAAGCCAAACCUUAGGAGGAGGUGAGUUAAAAAAUUAAAAAAGGAUUGAUUUACAGAAAAUUACUUUAUUAGAAGUUUUUUGAAUCCAGUGGGUAUCAUAGUAGGACAUGUUUUUAGUAUGAGAUUGUCAUUGCAAAAAGAAGCCGCUGUUAUGUCAACAUGUGUCAAGCGCACUUCAACAGGCAGUCAUCAAGGAACUCAAAAUGACGUAAAGAAUAAAGAUAAAGGCAUGGAAAGCGAGCAAAAAGAAGACGAUUCACAGCCAAAGCAUAGGUGGAGGUUAGUUAAGCAAUUAAAAAGGAUUUAUUUAUAAAAAAAUAUUCUUUUAAAGUUUCUAAACUUAUUGAAAAAAUGUAUAUUUUAGUGUGAUCUCGCCGUCAUGUCACAACAAAAACGCCAACUUGGCGUCGAGUUCAAAAGAGAUAAAGCCGAAGAAGCGAAGAAGCAGUGCACUAAAUCGUAACUGUAAGAAGUGCAACGAAGAAGGUGGCUUGGAUGAUAUGAAUUGUUGUACAUCUUGCCGUGAACAGUUCCAUACUUCGUGUGUUGUCAUUGAAGAAAAGACUGGCAAGUGUCCUGAUUGUUACAAGAAAACAGAAGAAGAAAAAGGUAAGGAAAACGAGAAAGAAGAGGACGGGACUAGGAAAAAACGUAGGAAGACGUAAGUAUUCUAAUUAGGAUUUUUUAUAAAGUAUUUCAAAGUAUAAUGUAUUAGUUAUUUUAAUUCAGAGAAUAAAAGUUUGUUUAGUAUAGAAACACCUUCAGUCGGACCUGUUGACAAAGAAGAGAAAGACGAGGAAACAGAGGAAAGCGAAGACGAGACAAAAGGAGAAGUGGACAACACGUAAGUUGAGGAAUUAAAAAGGUAUUCAUUACAAAAGGAUAUUAUUUAUAUUAAAGUAUUAAAAUGUUUUUAUGCAUUUUAAUUUAAAAACAAUGACAUUUUUUUAGUUUGAAACUACCUUCUGAUGAAUUCUCUAACCCAACAAAGCCCGUGAAUAGACCUUUCUUUAAAAAAGGUGUCACAUAUUAUUGUGAGGAGUGCGAAGAACCAGGGCAUGUUAAAACUAUGGUGGUAUGCGAGGAGUGUUAUGGAUACUACCAUUUGGUUUGUGUGGGCAGUGAUGGAAAGCUACGUGAUUUUUUGUGUCAGUAUUGCAAUCCAGAAGCGGCAAAACUUAAAGUGCGAAGACUAUUUGGAGUAAACAAAACAUUCAGAAAAUGCUGGCUUUGCAAGGGAAGCGGUACGUCAUAUAAUUUACGCGUCACCGGUACUGCCGAUAUGAAUAUUUGUGUACAGUGUGGUAAACGAUUUCAUCUUACAUGUUCUGAUACCAAGUGGAAGACUCAUGGGUGGGUGUGUCACGAAUGCGAUAACAAGUUACUGAUCGACCGUCUGACAUUGGUCUACAUGAAGCUUCGAAAACGGCUCGUGGUGAAAAAAGACCAGUGUUACAACUUCUUUGACGAUGAGGUACAAUGCCGAAGAAAGAUGAAUGUAAUUGGUAAAUCACUUUGUGACAAGAUGGAAGUUCAAGAAAAGAAGGAUGUAACUGCAGAAUCUGAAGUGCCCGAUGCUACAGAAGGACAGGAAAACGUGGAUAUACCUGGAGAAUCUGAUUUACGUAAAGAAGACCAAGAAAACGUGGUUAGAACAGAUGAAGUUGUUCUUGGUUAUGAGGAAAACCAGGAAAACAUGGACGUGACUGGACUUUAUUAUGAGCCAGGAGAAGAAAACGUCGAUGUAACUACAGAGUCAGCUUCUGAGAUUCAAGAAUAUCAGGAAAACAUGGAGAUGGAUGGAGAACCAGGAGAUCUUUAUAAGACAAUGUGCCAGGUAUCAUAG